GCAAGCUGGAGAAAGAAAGGAAAAACUCCAUUAAAACCCUCCAGACUCUCCUCCAUGUUAGGAAUGAAAUGGAAAAUGGAGUGGAUUUAACAGGAAUCCCUGAUUCCUGCGGCCAGGCUGGAGGAAGGGAGACGCGACUCACAGCCGCAGGCUGCUGAUAUUUUUUAAGUCGCAAUAAAUACUGAGAACUCUGGGGCAGGAUGAGGAUUUCCUGACUCGGACGAACAAGAAAGGACAGAUUUUCACAAUAUUCCUCUCCUUAUAUUUAAUUUAUUCACCUCGAUGAUUCUCUUGACUGCUCUGGUAAUUGUUAGAAGCGGCUGUGACAGCCUGGAAACAUUAGUAUGAUUUCCUGAGUUUGAGAUUCCUCGCCCCCCCCCCCCACCACCACUACUCCAAACUCAGGAAAAGUCAAUACAAUCGCACUUCAUUUUUCCUUCAUGUGCACUUGGAAGUCCUGGGAGCAGCAAGAGCAGCGGUGGCAGCAGCAAGAAUGAACUGCAAGGAAGAAGAUGAUAACUGCACUGACGGGAGCAGCAAUAACCCCAAGAAGAUGUUAAAAUGCGUGGUGGUUGGGGAUGGUGCGGUUGGGAAAACCUGUUUGCUGAUGAGCUAUGCCAACGAUGCCUUCCCUGAGGAGUACGUGCCCACCGUGUUUGACCACUACGCAGUAACUGUGACUGUGGGAGGACAGCAGCACUUGCUGGGACUUUACGACACUGCAGGGCAGGAGGACUACAACCAGCUGAGACCCCUGUCCUACCCCAACACGGACGUGUUCUUGAUCUGCUUCUCGGUGGUGAACCCUGCCUCAUACCACAACGUCCAGGAGGAGUGGGUCCCCGAGCUGAAAGUCUGCAUGCCCAAUGUGCCUUACGUCCUCAUAGGAACACAGAUUGAUCUUCGAGAUGAUCCCAAAACUUUGGCUCGGCUGCUUUACAUGAAGGAGAAACCACUCACCUACGAGCACGGAGUGAAGCUGGCUAAGGAGAUCGGAGCACAAUGCUACCUGGAGUGCUCAGCGCUCACACAGAAGGGCCUUAAGACUGUCUUCGAUGAAGCAAUCCUGACCAUUUUCCAUCCCAAGAAGAAGAAGCAGCGUUGUGCAAAAUGCCACCGCUGCUGCACCAUUUUGUGAAGCCACUUGGAAAGGAAAGUGAGAUGAGUUCAGUGAAACCAAGCAGGUUAGAAAGGCAAUGAAAGUCACAUGCAACUGAAAUGGGGAACAUGACCAGAAAGGGGUCCUUUUUACCAAAAUAGGAGCCCUCCAUUCUGUGAAACCUCCAAGCUGUAUCACGCUAGGCCAUCUCAUGUCUAUGUGCUUUCCUAAACCUCCAGAGUCGUACGCAGCCUGUUCCCACUGCUGCGGACUGCACUGAGCCAACAGAAACCAGGAUGCCUGCUCCUGCUCGACUCUUCUUCACCUUAGGGAUAAGGGGAAGGUGUUUGGAAAACAAGCAAACAAACAAACAAGGAAUUAAAGGUGGUAAAAAGAAACAGGAGAAACUCCAUUUGUGGCCUUAAGCAAGUAUUGAUCAAAAUUAGGAAUUUACAGUAGGAAUUGAAUCUGAACUGACCGAAAGCACGUGGAGAUCUGUAGAAAUCUAAUAUGUAAAAUGUACACUAUAGGUAGGAUGUACUUUUAAAUUACUUUUCUUUUUAUAAAGCUCGCUAGGUCGGGAUAUACUUCAGUUGGUUCGAACUACAUGGAAGCAAAGUGGAGUGAUUCAGCUUAUUUUCACUUAAUGGUGAAACUUCACAGCGUCCGUAUGUUGCUGCACUCAAGCUAUCAAAAUGGAUCAACAUUUACCUCCAGACUUAAGGAAUGUUCUUACAACUUAAAAAUGCAAGUAACUGUACUUUUACAAGGGAAUGUUCAGGCUGAGCCAUGUUUCCAUAAGCUGGGAAAGGAAGAACAGAGUUGUACCAUUUACGUACUGAAACAAAGACGUUCUGCCACCAAAGAGUAUUGCCCUGGACAUGAAAUCCCAGCGUGCAACAAUCGCCUUUCCAAAGUGAGAACAUGAAAGAGACACAUUGCCAUGGCAACUGAAAAAUUACCUUAUAGAUCAGCUGGAUUUCUGCAUUUCACCCAGCAGACAAAAACAGCAAAAACCAAAAAGCCAAAGGUCACUCUGAUCUCAAGCGCUUUAAGGUGAUCCAAGUGCCUUAAGAUUUUUUUAGAGUAUAUCAUGUAAAAAAAAAACUUACCAAAGCAGAGUUAUAAACACGGUGAUUUACUGUAGUUCCCCCUCCCCUCACUCAUUACUUCUUUCCUUGCUCCCACUUCCCGUUCUUCUUAUGGUAAGUGCUGGUCAAGUCACAGUCCUCAGGAGCGGACUUUCCGGCUGGGUGCAGGUGAUGGGCUGCAGCCCACAGCACAGAGGUGGGAAGUCCAGACCUGGAGGGAGCACAAGCUGCCUGUAAGCUCCCUGUGCUGUUGAAAAAAAGUGUGCUUUCCACUAAAGCCUCUCCAGGGAGUGUCUACGUUCGCACUUCACUGCAACGUUGAUGCUCAGAGACGAACUCGAAGGGCAUCUGUCUUCGGAUACCCUGGCAAUGCCAUGAGACUGUUCUGUUGUGGAUUUCAUUUGCCAAGCUGAAAAUCACAGUGCCAGCAAAUACAGAUUUCGAGACCUCAAAUGUAACUCCUUGCAAAAGCAGCACCUGCAGUUAGUGGUCCCAGAACUGCUCAGAGUAAGCAGCUAACAGAAGAGUACCCCCAGGCGUGUACUGGGCCCCCUUGCCCCGCUCCUCUCCAGAAGCACUGUAAUGUGGCUGAGUGCACACAGGCAACCAGAAAACCCUUGUGAUUAGCAGUGAAUUACAGACCGAGUGUUAAUCUGAGGAAUUAGAGACUUCAGCAGGAUCACAGGAACUGCACCAUUGGUGCAGAGAAGGGAAUGAGCAUGAUGCAGUGCCCAGUCCUGCAGCCAUUGAAGAUUAUGGAUCCAAGCUCCUGCUUUCACUCUAGCAUGAAUUUUAUUUGACAUGGACACCAACAGAAACCAGAUCAGACACCUCAAAACAUUUCUAAGCGGAGAUCAAUGUUUUUCAGUGAAAAGAGCGAUCAAAUGUGGGCUUAGUGCCUUGCUGCUCUUACCCAGCUGGCUUUCACUCACCACCUCUUCCUUGCUGCGCACAAGUAUGGAUGAAAACAAAGUUGCACUAAUUCAAAGCUAUACAAAAGAAAGAUUUCCUUACCGCCAGCCUUGUUCGUACAUACAUUACAUUUGGUUCUAUUAUGUCCCAGACAUUUGCUUCCAAUGGACUGCCUGAUACAACACAGCUCAGAGCGAGGACAGAGCUGAAGCCCAGUGAAGGAGCUCAUGUCGUGCCGCAGAGGCUGUGCUGCUGUCCCAGCGUGUGUAGCAGCUGGGACACCAGCAAUCAGCUGAACUAUAACAUGUAAAAAGAUAUUGGAAGACUAUGAGGGAAACUAGGAGUAACUAAAAGUCCACUGGGGAACUAAAAAAAAAAAAAAAGGUUUCAACAGAUAUCAGAGAAAACAAUUAGAGCUUCACUGUGCUGCUCUUAGCUUCAGUGGAAAUAGGUGGUGAUUUUCUUACAGCUGAUGUAGGCUGCUGUAGAGCACUAGCCUGUAUACAAGUCUCUGGUUGAAGUAAGUGAAGUCUGCUGUAGCUGAAGUGCAAUGCAAACACUCAGGUUGGAGCUGCCAGAUAUUCUUAGAGCUUCACAAAAUACAGAGGAAACAAAAAUCCAGACUGACAGCUGAGCUUAUCGCAAAAUAAUGAGCACACUGGCAAAGUGCAAUAUAGCAUUCCCGGCAUGCAUCAGAGCAAGCCACAAUACUGAAAUGAUAUUUUUGUGUGCCACCCAGUAUCAGUACUGCCUAUUAAUACUAAUAGGAUGGCAUAGGGUAGCCACAUAAAAUCAAAAAUCAAAUAGGAAGUUUUAGUGCUAAUGUAACUACAGUGGAGGAAAAUUAACUAAAAAAUCAUAUGGUGAUAUAGAAGCUAAAAUGCUCCUAUCCUAAUGUAUUAAACUGUAGCACCCUGCACAAAUCAUUGCAUAACUGUGAAAGCAGAUACAUGUAAAAAAUAUUAAGAUUAACCAGGGUUUUAUUCAUAUCUACAAAAUGAAGCGCCUAAGUUUGUGAAGCAGUACAAUUGCAAGUUUUUCAAGCUGAUUGUAAUUAAAAUUUGACAUUUGGGAGCUAGAAAGGAGGGAGGGUGGUCACAAUCCACUGAGAAAUCACCUCUGUACUCCUUUUAUUUUUAAUUUCAUUUCCAACAAAAUAACUGGUUUGUUUUUUUUUUAAAUAGACAUGGCUAAUGCAGGUCCCAUAAACAUUAGGCCUGCGUUAUGUACACACAUUUAUCUAUGCAAUGUGACAUUUUUUCAAGGAUCUGCCCUGAUAGUCUGCUGUUUUGGGGAGGAUGGAAUAACACAGAGCAACAGGCUUCAGAAAGGCAUUGUAGACAGAUGCCAGGAGACUCAUUGACUAUCUGGCAACUCAUACCUAAUACCUUUCCUAAAAGCCAACAGAUGGUGUGUGAACAGGCAGCAAAGCCUAUUUUCAGAAAUAUCAACACACCAGGCACAGUGCAAGCACAGGCAUAAGGCAACAGAUAUAAACUUCAAGUUAUUUUCAAGCACCAUUAGUAACAAGAAAAGAAAAUCAAUAAAUGAUUGCCAGCUGAAAGGAGAUAGGUUUUCUCAUUGUAAGACGAGCUGGAAAUCAGACCCUGAUUUCACCUUCAAAGGAGCAGAGGCAGGAUAGUCAUAAAGGCUAUAAACCAUCCCAGGAACCUAUCUGACAAUGUCCUUUUAAUGCAAACGACGUCAAAGCCUUUCCUGACAGAGCUGCCUCUGCUAAUAGUCUGCUGCCAUUCCUAAAGCACUCACAACUUAAAAGAAGUCUGCUAGAUCCUAGAAAACCCAUCUCCUUUGGCCUCUUCUGAAACCUUAAUGUUCUAUCGGGAGUUGUUAACCUGAAUUUCUCUGACAAAGAAAGAUGUGGAAACAAAG